CAGGACCAUCCAGACCAUCUCACAGUUAACCAGAUUACUAGCUGCAGAAAGAUGGCUCGCCAAUUCUUCGUCGGAGGCAACUUCAAGAUGAACCCCGUCUCGCGCGAGGCAAAGAAGAAGCUCAUCGACGCGUUGAACGAGGCGUCCCUCGACCCCAAAGUCGAGGUCGUUGUUGCUCCGCCAUCCAUUUACCUCAUCCCGGUCGCGGAGCUUGUGCGCAAUGGCGUUAAGGUCGCCGCGCAGAACUGCUACAUCAAGCUCAGCGGUGCCUUCACUGGCGAGAUCAGCCCCGCCCAGCUCGCCGAUGCUAAAAUCCCGUAUGUGAUCCUCGGUCACUCUGAGCGCCGCACGCUCUUCCACGAGUCCUCGGAGCUCGUCGCCGAAAAGACGCGCGUCGCGCUUGAUAACGGCCUCUCCGUUAUCCUCUGCGUCGGCGAGACCCUCCAGGAGCGCGAGGCGAACCGGACCGCCGAGGUCGUUCAGGAGCAGCUUAAGCCCGUCGUCAAACUUCUCAAGGAAGAAGAUUGGGCUAAGGUCGUGAUCGCCUACGAGCCCGUCUGGGCUAUCGGCACCGGCAAAGUCGCCACCUCUGCCCAAGCCCAGGAGGUACACGCGGACAUCCGCGCCUUUCUCACUAAGAGCGUCUCUCCUGCCGUUGCAGAGUCAUGCCGCAUUAUCUACGGUGGCUCCGUCACUGCAGCGAACUGCAAAGAGCUUGCCACGCAGCCCGACGUCGACGGCUUCCUCGUAGGCGGCGCAUCGCUCAAACCUGAGUUCGUUGAUAUCGUGAACGCGCGCAAUGUUGCUUGAACCGGUCCGCGUCUCUUCUCAUUUACACACGAAUCCGCAACGAUCCGACCGCACGCGCAAUCUUUAUCUGCCGCAAUGCGGAGAUUGCUUGGGCCUUUCCCAGAGCAGACGACCCUGAGGUACUCAGUAAUAUAGACAAACCGACAGCAAAUGUACAAGUAGCUAAAAUGCCAGAUUUGAAACGAGAGUAGGUGCGUUAACGAUGGGAGAAUAGAGCACACAUAGCUAUAUAAGUAUACUUAACACGAGUCCAAAAGUUCGAGAACAGUUAUUCAACGACAUAUAUGCCGAGCGAGCGCGCUUAGCCGUAGCAGCCUUGCAGGCGCGCCUCUAUAGUUCUACGCCCCAUAAAGUGGCCGCGGCUAAGCUCCCCUGCCGUCGCUCUUCCCAGGAAGCUUCAAGGCGAGAGGGUACGCAUGGUUCUCGUGUUGCACGACGCGCAUGCUCCGGAGUUCGUCCAUCUCGAUUUCGGACAGGCCCGCCUCGGCGUCGGGGUGCGCGAACGCGAUAAUGGGCCCCUUCUGGCGCGUCGGGCGCACGCUCGAGUGCUCGCUCGCCUGGCUCCGCCCGGUCCCGCCGCCGCCGCGGCUCCCCGCGUCACGCGAGCGACUCCAGCGCGAGCACCUCGACUGGAGCGAGAGGGGAAGCGUCGCAGGCGCCGUGACAACAAUGUCCUCGUCAUGCCAGAUCAUGCCGCGUACGUUCAGGCAGAGGCGACUGCUCAUCACGCAGCUCAUCGAGACGGCAUAGUUGACCGCGGCCUCAAACUUGACCACGUCGCCUCCGACAAACAUGAUGAUGUUAGUGAGAUAGACGACGAACAACACGACGAAGUAGAUGAUCGAAUCGCGGAUGAGGACCGCGAUGAUCUCCUUGCCUGUGUCAAGCAGGUUGCUCUGGCGCUUCCAGCCGUGGACUGCCUUCAGGAUGACGAGGAGACAGAGCAAACUCUCGCACAUCAUCAUCGGGAUCCAGAACGCGUAGAUAUACGUGAUCUCCUGGAGGUUCAAUAGGUUGCAAAACGAAAGGCCGAACAGCGUGAGUGUCGAGACUUUGACAUUCGCGAGCGCAAUGGCGAUGAUGGUCGCGGACGAGGUGACACUAGCGACAAAGACAAAGCCGACCACAGCCAUGACUUUUCUGUUGAGGCCGUACAGGGCGUACAGCCGGAGUUGCAGGAUAAGCUCUCCGAGAGUGAAUGCGACGAUUCCCGACACGCUUUGCCACUGGAACCAUGAUACGCCUAGUUCGUUAGUGAGCUUAUUGCUAAAGAGUACGUAAUUAUUGAAGAUGACCACAAGGAGCGUAUAGUAUCGGUUCAAAAGGAAAAGACAUUUUCCAAAGGACCAGCCUGCUUUCCAAAUUAACUCCACCUCCUGAUCAAGGGUAACCAGAUGGUCAUAAAGGAUGAUAAUGCUAGACGCCAAUUCCGAAUACCGAGUGGUCAAGAGACUCUGCACGAUCUGUGCUAGUGAUGAGGGAGCAGCUAUUGAGGCCAUGAAUGUUCCACAGUGGGCGAAGGCAGAAGGCGGACAUCUCCAAGAGACACUCCCGGACAAGCCCUGUUAGAUAUAAACCCUGCGAGGGGUGAUAUAUCAACUUGUUGGACCGAUGAGAACGCGGACUCGAGCCAUGUAAGCGCGGGAGAGGGAAAAGGCCAUUUCGAACGGACGAUUCUACGUUUUGAUGAGGUCACCGUGAGGAAAGGGAGCCGUAAUUGCGCUGGGAACGCUCGUCGAUGAGCAGUGCUAUAGGUCGAGCGCCGGUGCCGUUUCUCCAGGAAUGUAAAGCCCUUGACCUUCCUAGAUUACGGAGAGAUGGCUGUCAAUACCCGGCGCAAAUUCGGACGCAGUAGACUGCGCGGGUUUCGCACUUGAGGCUCGUACUCGCUUCGAGGGACUGGAAGAAAUAACCCUAUUAAUUCCAACACAGCAGUGCAAAGCCGGUGUAGCACCAGUUCCCAGCUGAGUGUCCGCAGGCGGUGACAACAGAUCUUUAGCGGUUUUGCGAUGGUGUACUGAGAAGAAUGCGGGAACGCGGAGACAGCUCUGUUUGCAAUCUUCGUUCGCGACAGAUGCGGUUGACCUCGACAGCUUCUGCACGCUGGCGGCCACGCUCGACGCCGCGGUAACCCGUCGCCGCACCCAGGGGCCCGGCAUGCGCGGGAAAUGGCCGCGGCCAACGGCGCCAGGAAGAGCCCAAAGGCUAAAGACCAAUCACGCCAAUGCGGAGGCGGAGGCGAGGGGUUUGAGGGCCGGCCUUGGAUAAGGGAAAAGGGUCGUUGUGAGUUUGAACCCGGGUUGAAGGAUGGAAAAGAUGGCAGGAACACCGGCUUCUGAACAGGAAGCUCCGAGAUACAGUCAGAAAUCGGAGCGAUGGCAGUCUUUCUUCCGCACCUCGAGCACCAUGUUACUUCGCACUUCGCCGU